AUCUCUCUGGCCCAAACAGGCUCAUCUCACGUGCCUCCCUCACUCUCCCACACAAACACAGCACAGCGACAUCUCUGUCUCUCAAAUCAAAUCAAACAACUCUUUCAAGUGCUCACCGGCGGUGAUAAUUGGCCAAGCAAGGUUCAGGUUCCUAUGGCAACCUUAAGAAAUCUGAAAAUCAAGACAGGAACUUGUAAACGUAUUGUUAAGGAGUUGCAUUCGUAUGAGAAAGAGGUUGAGAGAGAAGCUGCCAAAACAGCAGACAUGAAAGAGAAAGGAGCUGACCCAUACGACCUUAAGCAACAGGAGAAUGUGCUUGCUGAGUCAAGGAUGAUGAUACCUGAUUGUCGCAAGCGUCUAGAGGCCUCAUUAGCUGACCUGAAAGGAACUUUGGCUGAGCUGGAGGAGUCAAACCAAAAGGAAGGCACGGAGAUUGAGGAAGCAAAAAGCACUAUAGUGGAGGUUGAACAGUUGUUUCAAACAACUGAAGCUUAAUGUUGUGUUAAUGGAGGGAGUUUGACUUUAUAUAUAAGUUGGCCUCCCAUUUACAGCCAGUUUGCAUGGAGUGCAUCUUGAUGAGAUUUGGAACCUUGCUUUUUUGUGAGCCUUAUUAGUCUCUUGUCUGUUGUUGGUGUCUAAAAAAGUUAAAAAGAUAUUUUAUGAAUAGAAUUUUCUCUUGCCAGAUUUGUUUCUAUUUGGCAUGUUUACUUA